ACGCAAAUUUGUUUCUUUUCGGACAAUCCAGCACGCCAGUUAUAACUCCAAGCUUUGUUCAUUUUCGGUGUCUUGAAGUCUUCCUCCAAGAAUCUGAAAAUUGUGGGGUGGGGAUCCAAAAGUAGGAUCUUUCGAAUUAGCUUUUUCAAUCGGAAAUGUCUUCUCCCGCCGAAUUUUAUCACUCUCUUCCUCCUGUAAGCAAGGCUUAUGGCACCCUCUGCCUGUUGGCUACUACAGCUUUUCAACUUGGAUUAUAUAGUCCGAUACAUAUUGCAUUGCUGUAUGAGGAGGUGUUCUAUCGCUUUCAGGUCUGGAGGUUGGUCACGAACUUUUUCCUUGGAAAAUUCUCUAUCAAUUUUGGGAUUCGUCUUACCCAUUCUGUUUGUUUGAACCUUGUGACACGUCUUAUUUCACUCUUUCCUGCUAACAUAAGUUUUGUUUGCUUUUGCAUGGUAUCUGGAUUGCAGGUCUUGUCUGCCAUCCCUAUUUUUUGGUCCCCUUUCUUGGGAAUAUCACUUGUUUUCAUGCUUCUUUAUGUCUGGAGUAGAGAAUUUCCAAAUGCCCAAAUCAACAUAUACGGACUUGUUUCACUCAAGGCCUUCUAUUUCCCAUGGGCAAUGCUUGCUUUGGAUGUCAUAUUCGGCUCACCUCUAGUGCCAGAUCUACUAGGUAUCAUUGCCGGGCAUUUAUACUACUUUUUGACGGUGUUGCAUCCGCUUGCUGGUGGAAAGAACAUACUAAAGACUCCAAUGUGGGGUAUCCUUACUGUCCUUGGCUCUGUUAAGUUACAUAAAUUGGUUGCAAGGUGGGGAGUAAGGGCACAACCGAUGAACCGUGGCCAGCGAGUAAAUCCUGCCCAGCCAGAGACCAGCUCGGGGGUGGCUUUUAGGGGAAGAUCCUACCGACUCAGUGAUUAAAGGGAGUCAAUUUUCCCUUUUCAAUUUGUUGCUUCUUCCCUGGUUGGAUUAUGACAUGGCUACACUGACAUAUGAGGCUAAGCCUUCAAAAGGAUUACUAACGAGAAGGAUCAGUAUAUGAGCCAUGAAAAUUCAUGGCAAGCAAACUUUGUUUAGGGGCUGCCCCUUUAUAAUUUUCUUGUACUUGGAUAUUUUGCGGUGGAGUUUUGAAGGUAGAGACCGGUUUUUAAAAGAAAAAUCUUUGAGUUCGUUGACAACUGUCCAUCCUUUUUGAAUUCAUAAAAUUUUCACGACUUCACUUUUGUUCAA